ACUAUUGUUAUCACUACUACCUGUACUAUUGUUAUCACUACUACCUGUACUAUUGUUAUCACUACUACCUGUACUAUUAUUACUCAUUAUUAUAACUAUCAUAAUUAUUGUACAAGUAUUAAUAAUUAUGAUGUCAUUUAUAUUAAUUACAGUGGUGGAUCCAGGGGAUUCGAGGUUGAGCAUUGACAUAAGACACCUGGCAUUGCAUUAGACUAAAUAUCGUCAAGUUAAUUUUAACAUGUACCGAGACGAACUAGAACACAUUCCUGGUUAGUGGUAUACCAUUUGAAUGGGAUUUGUGUCCUAUGUCAGGUACAGGUAAAUGACCUCUAUAUUAACACCCACCUCUGGUCAGUCGGUGUCAAGUUGUCAACAUUUUAAAGGAACCACCAAGUGAGAGGCCGUAGAUGUAAGGUGACAGGAGUUACCACCUCACACGACAAGGGUUACCACCACUGACACCAGAUUAAGAGAGGGGUGGAGGUUAGGGCAGGUGAUCACUUGUUAAUACAGUACAGUACAGUAGUAUUUAAAUAAAAUGUGAAUAUUUUCAUUGUAAAAAUUGUUUCUGUUAAUUUUUUCUUCUUGUGACUCUUUCAAUUCACUCAAAAUCUGACCCCCCCCCCCUCGUAAAAUCCUGGAUCUGCCCCUGAAUUACCUCAACCUUGUGACACACUUUCAUAUGUGUGUGCCACUAUCACCUACAAGAGCGGCAGUACUUUUAUGGUGUUACAUAAGUGUAGUGUAGGUGUUGAUAUCUCUCAACACCAGGGUGUCAAUGAGGUUGUCCCAGCUGACACCUACACAUUACUUGUAUAACUGAUACUCCACAGUGCACCAAGGUGAGAUAUUUGACGCAGGUGGAAAUUGUCAAACUGGCAUCAUAUGGCUGGAAACAGAUUAGAAGGAAUUAUUACUCUCUAAUACAAUAGGUGUUAAUCAACAUUACACCCAGGGGUGAAAUUUAAGAUAUGAGAAAAUGGACUGUGUGUUUAUUAUAGCUGAUUGUUGUUAUGCAGCAAUUUGUGGGAGGGGGAAAUUGUGUUGGGAUUAACAUGGGUGUUCGAGGUUUGUGCAUGGGUGUAUAUAAGUGGGCUGCACUCGUCUUCCUCACCAUAGCUUUGACAGGACACCAGAAGCUCCAAGCUGUCAUAGGAACUCUCUCUUCCAUCAUUCCUGACUCUCCACCAGCCAGUACCACCACCACUGCUGCCAUGAAGAUAGUGUUCAUCUCAGUGACUGCUGCCCUUCUGCUGGUUGGCUAUGCCCCACACUUCAGCCUGGGCGAUUGCAGUCAGCCUGCCUCAUGUGUAGGAAAAGAAGAGAACGUGUACGCCCACCCUGAGUGUGACUGUAAGAGGUACUACACUUGCAGAAAAUCCGUCUCUAGUGAUAAGAUGAUCAAACGAGAACGCCGAUGUACGGGCACUAAAAUAUUUGAUACCACGACAAACAGGUGUAUUACAGCAGGUAAUGAUAAUUGCCCAACUCCCCCACCAGUAACUACUAUAGAACCUACAACAGAAUCUGCAGACACCACUGCAUCAGGAUCUACAGACACCGCUUCAUCAGAACCUACAACCAACAACAGUGCCCCUACAUGUGAACAGCGAGAGACUUGCUCAGAUGGAGAAGAUGUUUACGAGUGGCCAGAGUGCAAUUGUCAGAGGCAUGUUUGGCAAGUACAGUACUUCAGUAAUAAAAUAGUGUUGGAGAUGAAACAUUACCUGUUUGGUGGUGCCCAGGCGAGGUGCAGCUUGUCCUCCCUGCAACACACGUCCUCAGAGGUCACCCAAACACCUACAAAAUCAUAAAUGCUUGGUGUCGAGUCAGUCACUCAGUAGCAGUUCCCGGUCGGCGUCGAGAGGUGACGGACGUGUUUCAGGCUGGUGGAGGAGACGCACGUGCUAAUGUUUGUAAACACAGAGGCCAGGGAUGACGCAAAGGCGGGAAGAGAUAACACUGAUAUGUCAAUUAAGUAAACAAGAGAGAGAUAUAUCGUGAGAACUUCUGAUGCUGUGAUUGGCUGGCUGCUCACAUCAUUAAUAAGUAUGAUGAGAUUCAAGAGUAUACACACUUAUAGCCUCCUGGUAAUCCGCCUGGUAGCUGCAUGGUCGACCCUCCCACCACCUGUAGUGUCUGCCUCACCCUUACUGCACAACGCCACACACACCCAAGUCACGCCAACCACCCAAACUCCAUGGCGUCCUUAUAAUCAAGAUAAUGCCACAAUCAUGCUUAAUAUGAGCAUUAUACAAGAUAAUGAAUACUUGAGAAAUAUUAGUCAGAAUUUUAUGAGAGUUCUGAAGGAUAAAAUCAUGAACAUAUACAAUGGAUCGAACAUCAUCCUGGGCGGGAAAAAUGACGUUGGCGCGAAAUAUGAAACUGGCGGGAAAACUGAGACGCACAUUCUUAAUUCUGCCGCUUUGACAUUAUCCCAGAACGACACCAGACCAAGCAACGAGUCUCACAGCUACAACAACGAGGCGUAUAUUAACGAAACGAUGUACGGCGACGCAACAGAAGACGACGAUAGCUACUAUUGGAACGACACAAUGGCGGAUAACACGACUGGCAACUUUUCUGACGUGUUCAAAGUACACUCCAAAAUCUACAGGUUCCAGAUGAUCAAGGUGUGUUAGUCUCGUUGUUGUUUGCAGGUGGGAGUGUUGUGUACGGUGAUGUCGGUCAUCAUACUGUCUACCUGCAAGAUGCUCCUUCAGGUGUUCGCUCAGUACGCCGGCAGGGAGAAGCCCGAGGGGGAACUGUGAGGACCUCCUGAUGGUGGCUGAUGGAGGCGAGGGGUGAGAGGCCCUUCUGUGUGUAGCGGUUCGUUCAGAUACUCCUGUGGUGGCUGACGGAGGCGAGCGGUAAGGGCCCUUCUGUCUAGCGGCUCAUCCAGAUACUCCUGUGGUGGCUGACGGAGGCGAGCGGUAAGGGCCCUUCUGUCUAGCAGCUCAUCCAGAUACUCCUGUGGUGGCUGACGGAGGCCUUUGAGGUCUUAUAUGCUCUGUGGUUGGUCGUACAUGUAAAGGAUAAUAUUUUAUACCCUGAUAGAGAGAAGUCUUCAGGAGAACUUUCAUGUGAUUGGCUGGCUCUCAAGAGUGACGACCCUCAGACACCUGGCAAACUGUACUGUGAUUGGUUGUCUUCAUGAAAUAUAAUGUCCAAUAAGAAAGUCUUCAGUCGACAGGAAUCAUUUUACAGUGCUUUGAUUGGUCGUCUUCAUGCAAGCUGAUAUCCAAUAGGAAAGUCCUCAGACGACAUGUAUCACCCUCAAUGGUAUUUUUGUAUUGCGUUAACUUUCUUCUUCUGUGCACAGUAAUUUCUAGUGAAGUAUAUAAUUAUCUUUAGUUUUUACAUGUUAAAAAUUUGACCUGUUUUUGUUGUUCAAUUUUCUCUAACUUUAUACCUUGGUAGUAUAAACACCCCAGUACAUAUAGGGAAUCUCAACGUGACGUCAUUAUUUGUUUAGGCUGGAUCUCGCAUACAAGAACACAAUAUUUGAAAAUUACCACGAACAUUGACACUAAACCAUUUCUUGUUCGUACAACUCCAACCAGUAUAAGUUCUUAACCUAAUUGAACCGAAGCUAAUAAUCAUAGAGUAAUUUUGAUUCGUUUAGGUUUGAAAAGUUCGUAUUAUCUGCUUUAAAUAAGAAAUAAUGAAUGGUCUAGUACUCAUCUUCGUGGUACUUCCCCAACAUUAUACAGUUCCCCCUCCCCGUGUGUAGAUAACUAAACCAUCAGUCUUCACAAUUUAACGACUUCUUUGAGCCUCGGGUUUUAUGGGAAGUAUAUGUCUGUAUAUACAUAAUGGUACAUAUUCUAAUAUAUCCCUUUCCUCUUAUAUAUGUGUGUGUGUGUGUACGUUUCUAUAUGUUACUCUGUGCGUGUAUACAUGUUUGUGUGCGUAAAAGUGUAGGCUAUGUAUGUGUAUAUAUAUCUGCGUUUGUUUUAUUGUGUGUAAGGUGUAGCAAACCUCAUAUCGUAAAGUAAAGGGUUGCUAUCUUGCAUCCAGAGAAUCCUGAAGUCAACCCGCCUGUGAAUUGGUUCAGUGCCUCCUUAGUCAAUGUCCAGUACCCACACUCACCCACCCCCCUCCCCACAAUAGUCCGUCACGUAUAUGAGAGCUAUACUAUUACUUUUGACUGUGUGUUUGUGUGUGUACUGUCCUGACGUGUUUAUACAUGUGUAUGUGCUGGGCUGACAUUUAUGUUUGUGAAUAAUGAGUUUGUGUGUUUGUUUUGUGUUUAUAAUUAGUUUGUGUAGAUGUCAAUGUGCACACGUGUAUGUAUUUUGAGUGCACGUUUCUGCGUUUGUGUGUUUAUAUUUCAGCAAAUAAUAUAUAUUCUGUUAUAUAACUUUCUUACUACUUAUGACAGACAAACGCAUCACUAUUAAGCACCACCAAGAUUGCUGGGUUAAUUAAGUAUAUACAGUAUAUAUAAAAACAAGUAUAUAA